AUGCCAAAACCAACACUAUUUGAUGAUGAUUCUGAUGAAGAGGUAGCUCUUAAAACAGAAAAUGAGUACGCUAAGAAGUAUGACAAGUGGCGGGAGAAGGAAGAACUUCAUAAACUUGAACAGAAAUACGGCUCCAAAGCAUUGAACAGUGAUGGGUCAGUGUCAUCAGACAGUGAGGAUGAGAGUGACUCCCCUCCGGAGAUCACAGAGGAGAUGGAAACUCAGUUCCUCAAGACACUUGCACUGCUAAAGACAAAGGAUCCGAGGAUCUAUGAUCCCAAGUUUAAGUUCUUUGAUGAAAACCAGAAAAAGGAACCAGAGAAGGAAACCAAGACUAAACAGCUGACUUUUGCUGACAGUGACGACGAUGAUGAUGAUGAUGGCAACAUCUUCAGUGUGGAGAAGAAGGCUGAGGUUGUAGAGGACAACAAGAAAGAGAGGAAAACAUCCGAGACUAAGGAAGGGAAACUGAAAGAGUAUCUAACAGGCCAAGCAGAGCACUUGGAUGAUGCGGUGGAGAAAGACUUGGCGCCACUGAAAGCUCUCUGGUCCGACCCCAAGCUUAAUGAGGGCGAAGCAUUUUUGAGAGAUUAUAUUCUGAAUAAAAAAUAUCUUGAGGAUGGUGAUGUCGGCGAAGCAGAGGACAAGAUCAGGGAUGACGAGGAGUUGGAGGCUGACGAGGCUCGCGUGGAGGAGCAGGGCAAGUUCGAGAGAGCAUACAACUUUAGGUUCGAGGAGCCCGACCAGGAGUAUUUAAAACGUUUCCCGCGCACAAUGAACUACAUCCGUCCGAAAGACGACCGGCGGUCUAAGAAGCGACAAGAGGUGCGCACGCGCAAGGAAGAGGAGAAGAAGAAGAAGAUGGAGGAAAUCGCCAGACUGAAGGCACUCAAGCUGAAAGAGAUACAGGAGAAGAUUGCCAAGAUCAAGGAGGUCACUGGGAAUGAAGAACUGGCGUUCAGGGAAGAGGACUUGGAGAGUGAGUUCGACCCGGAGGAGCACGACAAGCGCAUGCGCGAGAUAUUCGACGAGGAGUACUACGGGGACGCUGACGAACAGAAACCUGUCUUCCCAGACCUCGACGAGGAACUUGAGAUUGAGAACUGGGAGAAAUAUCAGCCAGAACAAGAAGAUGGCUACGAGGGAGAUGACGCUGAUGAAAAUGGACCGCACUGUGAAGACGAAGAUUUUAAUAUGGACGCCGAGUACGACCCAAAGAAAGCACGCGAGAAUCUUCUAGAAGAGGUUAAGAAGACUCUAGGCAAAAAGAAAAGGAAUAGGAAGAAGAAGUCUAAAUUAGCAGAGUUACUGUCUUCUGAGAAACCGAAGUUUGUGCCCACUGUGGUGGACAAAACAUAUGACCAGUAUAUGGAAGAAUAUUAUAAAAUGGAUUGCGAAGACGUGAUUGGCGGAGACCUGCCGACCAGGUUCAAGUACCGGGAAGUCGUGCCAUGCGAUUAUGGACUCACUGUCGAAGAGAUUUUAUUGGCUGAUGACAAGGAGCUGACUCAGUGGGUGCCUCUAAAGAAGAUCUUGAAACACCGCCCUGAGAACGUGGAGAAGGGAGACGCCAGGAACUACGCGCAGAAGGCAGCUGAUGUACGACUCAAGAAGAAAAUACUGCCCAGUCUGUUCAAAGACUUGCCAGAGGACCCAGAGAUAGUAGUACCAAUAGAAGAAACGAAAAAGAAAAAAAAGAAGAAGAAGAAAAAGAACAAAGAAGAUAACACCGAAGGUACCACUACAGAGGCAGCUGAACAAGAGACACCAGCACUUGAGCAAGAUGAAGAGGUUGAACAUAACGAAACAGACAAUUCACCCAGCCCUAAAAAGAAGAAGAAAGACAAGAACAAAAAUAAUUCAGUGCAAGAAUCGAAUGACGAACAUAAAGAAGCAAGUCCAGAAGAGAAUGGAGAAUUAAAACAAAAGAAAAAGAAGAAGAAACAUAAAGAAUUUACUGUUGAAACUGUGGAACACGCUGAACCUAGUCAACUGAGUACUGAAAACAAUGAAGAUGGUAAUAAAGAAAAGAACAUAGAAAAAGUAAAGAAAAAUUUAAAACGGAAAGCUGAUUCCAAUUCUGGGGAGCCUAGCCAAAAGAAAAAUAAAGGCAACAAGAAAGAUUUCAAAAAGAAUUUGAAACAAAAUGAUAAGUUCAAGAAGAAGCAAACCAAUCAGCCCAUGAACCCUCUCACCAACUUAUCAGACGAAAGGUUGAAGGCGUACGGGUUGAAUCCUAAAAAAUAUAAAAACUUCAUGAAGUUCAAGAAAUUUUAA